GGAGAUACCCUCCGGCGCCGGCUUAGGCCCCUACACGGGCCACGGGUAGCCGGGCACGCUGUCGGGGACGAGGCACGCGGAGAAGAAGGACGCGAUCCCGAUCAUCGCGAGCCGGCCGUUCUUGAGCUCCUGCGUCUGCAGCUCCGUGAGGUCCUCGCCGGACUUGGAGUAGCCGAAGAUGUCGAUGUAGCCGUUGCCGCCGGCCGACAUGUAGUGCGUGCCCGUCGACUCCGUGACGAGCUCGAUGACGCCGCACGUCAGGAUGAUCUGCAGGAAGCCCAUGCCGCUCGCCAUGCCCCAGAGCUGGGCGUUCGCCUCGAGGGGCUUGGUCGACAGCGGCGCGAGGCCCGACUCGAGCGGGAAGGGGAUGACGCCGCCGCCGUUCGACUGCACGGCCCAGCCCAGCGUCGCGAGCAUGGCCACGCGGCCGUGCUUGAGCUCGGACGCGCGGAACCACUUCAUGGUCGUCGGCGACGCGAGCUUGCCGAAGCCCGCGGGGUCCCACAUGACGCCGCCCGUCUCCGGGCCGACGCCGAUCUCCGUCGAGCCGAGCGCGGUCCGCGCCGGCCGCGGCGCGGGCGCCUGCAGCGCCGCCGCGCCCGCGAGGCACAGGGCCAGACUCCGGGCCAUCUCGACCUGCGCGCGGCGUCCCCGUUUUCUCUCGCGCGCCCCCGGCGGCUGCUGCUCUCCUCCUCCCCCCGCGCGCGAGGGCGGCGGCACGAGGCAGCGCCAGCCGGCCGGUCGUCGACCGCGCCUCCCGUCAGACGGAGCUCCAAAUCACAAAACAAGCCAAAGCCGCGUCGAACUGGCGAUUUCGAGCAGCGCCGGCCGUUCCACCGCUGCAGAUGUUGCCAAAUAACUGCCCGCACGGAUAAUUUGGACACAGGAGCUCACGUAUUGCCUCGUCUGCUUCGGCUCUUGCCGUCG